UGAUCGCUAUUGACAUUGAUCCUGAGAAGCUCAGUCUGGCACGCAACAACGCCGAGGUGUACGGCGUGGCGGAUCGGAUAGAAUUCGUGUGCGGAGACUUCAUGGUGUUGGCUGCUGACCUGAAAGCAGACGUCGUGUUCCUCAGCCCACCCUGGGGAGGGCCUGACUACGCCACUGACGAAAUCUUCGAUAUACAAACCAUGAUUUGCCCAGAUGGAUUUGAAAUUUUCAGGCUUUCCAAGAAGAUCACCAACAACAUUGUGUAUUUUCUACCUCGGAAUGCUGACAUUGACCAGGUGGCUUCCUUAGCAGGGCCAGGAGGGAAAGUUGAAAUAGAACAAAAUUUUCUCAAUAACAAACUGAAGACAAUAACAGCUUAUUUUGGUGAUCUAAUAAGGCCUGACAUCUCCUGAACUCAGUGUGGAUUCUUCCAAACCCAGCCUCCCUGACUGCUGCUUUGCUUAAGAUUUUGUACAGCUGGCUGGUCAAAAAUGACUUAAAGCCAUUUUCUGCUUUAGUUUCUGUUUACAGAAAUUUGUUCUGUGUAUUGCUACUGACAAUAACGUUUUAUAAUAAUUUUG